GAGAGAGAGAGAGAGAGAGAGAGAGAGAGAGAGAGAGAGAAGGAUCGAUAUAUGCAUACACACACACACACACACACACACACACACAUCACGUUCAUAGAACUGAUUAGAGAUACGCCCCGAUUAGAGUUGACCCGGUACUCUCGCGGUGAUUACUCUCUGCGAGAAUUCUCCCUCUGUAAUAAAAAUCGACAUCGUGCGCCUUCGCGCACGAGGCAUUUCCGUCGCUUUCGCGAUAAAGCGAGCCGCAUGUAGAGCAAUUAGUAGAAACGACGCACGAUGUACACGUAUGUGAUGUAAUAUUUUUCACGCUCUUCGACUUGUUACUUCGCAGUAUGCUCGCCCUGUUAUAUGUAAACUCGACGAUAUCCCCAACAAGAGUACAUUCUACUUCCUCCGUGCUCACUCCUCUUCUGUCUCGUACUUUAUCCUCCUACAUCCGCUCUCGAUCCGCUUUUCAUCGUGGGCUUUAAAACCGCUAGGAAAAUAUUUGAAUUUGAAAACUGACUUAUAAUUAAUUCGAUACAAAGGUAUCUAACGCAUUACGUAAGGAAGGAUUAGAUUAACAGAAAUACACAUCGCCAGAGCGUGUGGGGAAACAUCCCCUCCCCCCGUUCCUAUAAAUUAUUUCACGAUCACGCGUAGUAACACAUCUAGAUCUAGAUGAUGAUACGUUAUCUAAUGUGUAUCCUCCCAUGGCAGUUAUGAGUAGACUUGCGUAACUAACUCUGGCUACCUUCUCUCUGAGACUGUAUUGUUGUGCUAAUAAAGUGGCCUAGCGAUGUUAGCGAUAUUUGAUUAACUCAUGAACUCUCUGUGAGAUACGAAAUAAAAGUUGAGAAAAUUAAUCCCCACUAUGCCGUCUCCGCAACUUUAUUAUUCGAGGGAUACACGCCAUGCCCGUACACCGUAUACCGUAUACCAUAUGUUAAUUGCGAAGCGUUGUGUCAGUAUGUUGCCAAUAAUAUAUAUACACGCACGCACGUACGAAUGUACGUGAUUGUGAAAAAUCCCCAGAAAUGUUUGCAAUUUACCGAGAAUAUCGUUGCCUUGGACAAUGCUUUCCCGUCGCACGAAAUUCCGCGCGAGUGUCUCCUUUCCGGCUGUCGUCGCGACACUGAUUCGCGAGCACUGAUUAAUAAUGCAGCCGAUAAAUAAUUCGAAGACGUGCUACAUUUGCUCUCUCAUAAUCAUGCCGCAAUGCGCAAUGCGUGACGUAAGUUUAUUUACAACGCGCAAUUCCGGCACAUGUAUACGCACGAGACACGUGAUACAUACGAUACAGCUUCGCAUUUAAAUGCAGAUACGAAUCUUACGGGUCUUCUAGCGCGCGCAUUAACGCGUUUCUACGUAAUUAGACUCGCGCGCGCCGCGACGCGCAGCUUUCCGAUCGAGGUGCGCUUCUCCCCUGCGUCGAUUUCCGGAAGUCCUAAUGUCGACGCAUCGUGCCUCGAUGACACGCAACAGCCCAGUCAAGGGUGUAAUUAUCGAUCCUUUCUUAAUAUUCCUUCCUCGCCUUCCAGGUCGCCGACGGACAGCUGGAACAGCUCCGGCACGUUCACCUCGCCGAAUGUGCUAACUCUCGUGAUAUUCCUCCUCAUGGCCGCUUAUCAGCAUCUCAAGUACUAACGACCCUGUGGGGGAGCCCGAAGUAAUUUCAUGUCCUCGUCUAAAGACAAAUCAAUUAUGUUCGUAUUUGCGUCUCAAGAGGUAGGUACAAAGUGCGGAGCCCGCGAGGCAUCGAUUGUCCGGCUGACGCGAUCCGAUGAUUAUCGCAACCUCGACCGUGCGGCCGACAAUAGACAAAGUUUCAAUGGCCUAGUUCCUCGCUAUUCGCCGAGACAAUUCGUCGUUCGGAAUUCGUCGAGGAAGAUCGAUCGACAGCGUCGAUGGUUGUUUCAGCAAAACCGCGAGCCGACUCUCGUGUAUAAAUGUGUGAUAAAUUGACACGUUAACUGCAUUUACUGUGUACUUGCGAACAUCGAAGGAAAUCUCGUCAGGUUAAAUUGAAACAUCGAAAAGAUCGAUUUCGCGAUCACGUGCGAGCGCGCGAUUCGUAUCUCAACGAAUCUCACUUGUGUCAAGUAAUCAUCAGUUUCAGCUUUACUUAAGAACACUUAAUUCGUCGCGCGAGCGAGAAACGAUUCACUUAAAACUUUAUGCAUCUCAGGUAUUGUCCGCUUAGCGUAUUGUGAAACUCGCAAUGUAUAUUUAAUCGUUUAAUUACGGAAGACGUGCAAUAUGUGACUCGGUGUAUAAGUGUUAAAACAGUCGUGACAGAACAGUCCAUUUUCAGUCAAUAUCGUUAUUCGUUAUCGUAUGCACUAAAUCAGUAUGAUCUACGCGAGUAUGGCGUACGCACUUUUGCUCUUGAUAAAUCUAGAAUAAACACAAGUGUGUUUUGAAUGUGUCGUCGUUUCACUGAGAUCUCCAACGCAAACAUAUUUAUCGAUCAAGUCGCAAAUUUCUCCCUAGCGUACGCUCUCCCGGCGUUUUUCUUUAUUACUCGUCCAUGAUAUUCUUUCUUUAUUGUGAAUAUUGCUUGUAACGAGGCAAUUUGUUAAAAUAAAGUUUCGUUUGAUGUAAAAGUUGUCUCGUUAUUGCCAUCUGUUGUCGUCACCUCGUCCCGAGCUCGAUUGUAAAAGCCGUUCUUCCCGGCCCGUUAACGUCAAUUCAACAAGUUUCGCGGGCGCCGACUUUACCAAUGUGCGAUCAGGUGUUACGCUAACGCUAACGCUAACGCUAACAGAACUCGAUGCUCGCCGUUUGGAUAUCGAGCGAACGCGAAAUGUGCGAACACGAGCGCGCCGGCGAGGAUGUUUCAGCGGCGCGGCGGUUAAGGCGGUUAAGUACGUAGUUGCCGUGUUAUCAUUAUGCAUGUGCUAUUACGUAGGUAGGCGCAGCUACCUGAGGAAUGAGCGUGCCAACUAUAUUUAUCGUGUGCUUCCAUUAACCCAUAUACGCGUCUGUAGUACGGCACGAACGGAUUUUCGAGCGCGAAUCGCCGCGCGGCGCGGCGCGGCGCGGCGGCCUCGCAUGCGAGACACGAGCGAAGCUUUUCUUUUCCCGCGAAGUCGGUCGGAGGUAUCGAAUCACGAAAAGCGUAUUAUAUCGUGCGCAGGUCGCGCCGCUGACCCAUAUUGCGACGAUUGACGAGUAAAUAAUGUGACUUUAUUGAACUGCGAGCGCGCACUUUAACAUUUCAGCGUUUCGCCCGAUCCUGAUGAAAGAUCGCGUCGCGGUUGCGUCCGUCCGUCGAUAAACGUCACCGCAAUGCAGCGCAAAGUCCCCUGCGCUUCGGAGCUCAUUAAAGCGCGUACGCGCUGAAGCUACAUUGCGGUCAUGUCCGGCGAGUUCGCACGGCGAUGUCGCGAAAAAAAAAGGCACGAUAUGCCCACCCAUAUGCGACCGUUUGCAUUUUAUCCUCCCCCCCCCCUCGCCCGCCCUUGUCGACCCGAUGCCAACACAACGAGGAGGGAUCGGGAAAGUCGCGAAUCGAAGACGCGUACCGCGUUUGCCGCCGUCCGAAAGGACUCGUUGAGAAAGAGAAAGGAAGAGAAAGGAAGAGAAAGAGAGAAAGAGAGAAAAUAAAACCGGCAAUUGGUUAAUCAACCCAUAUGAGUACGUGGAACGUCAACAGGGUCAACAGUUAACGUUACGCGUACACGCGAGCUCGAGCCGUAUCGACGCCGCGAUCGAACCGCCGCCGCGCCGUCGAGGAACCUUUCCCGCGAUUAAUCUUCUAAAUCUCGCGUGGAGACGUCGUCAGUCGAUGGCUUCCGGAUCGAUGGCUAGCGGGUUAGGUGGCACCGGCCACAGAGGGCACCGAACCCUUGGCCCUUGGUAGUGGAUUCACCCGUGGAAGUUCGUGGCCGGCUUUUACGAGUUCGCAAAUACCAAUCGUCCUCUCCUUCUUAUCUCUUCGUUGUUUAUUCUUUCCUCCUCCCCACAGAAAACUGUGCCCGGGGAUUAUAGCGGUGCGCCUGGGUGACCAUGGUUACCUUCGGUGACCACAUAACACCUUCGUCCGGGAUGCCGACCAAUGGCAGGCUGGUAACGCGCCGAUGGGUUCGCCGGUGGAACCUCGUGCAUCGCCCUGCCCGGACGACCAAUGGGGCUGCCUCUUCGUGUCGGCUUCGUAGCCGAGGAUUUCGAUCGAAGCCCUUCGUCGCCUAGGCCUGAAGAGGCACCACCUAGAUCACUCGCACUGACCGGACGGCCGUCGCACGGGGCGCAAGCGGCCGAUUAUGCGUCUCGCCUUCUGAAUUCCCGCGAAGUGUCUCUUGCUUGGGAGAGAGUAAAUCUACAAGGUCAACCGGACGGACGGUACGAAGAAGAGACAGAGCGACGCCAUGGAGUCCUGCGGAAUGAACGUCAUCAAGUACAUCCUCUUCAUCUUCAACCUGGUGUUCGCGAUAUCCGGCAUAGGUAUUAUCGCGGCUGGGGCGUUGGUGUUGGCAGAUGUUGGUGAAUUCAAUCACUUUAUAGAAGGGAGGAUAAUAGCUCCGCCGAUCGUCCUCAUAGUCGCAGGAUCUAUCGUCUUCAUUAUAGCUUUCCUCGGCUGUUACGGUGCGAUCAAGGAGCAUUACAACAUGCUGAUAGUCUUCGCGGCUGCACUGUUAAUAAUCUUCGUGAUCGAGCUCGCGGUCGGCAUUGCGGCGGCGGUGUUCAAGAACGACUUCAGCAUGGCGAUGAAGGACACCCUGAAGGAAUCGAUGAAGAAUUACUCGGACGUCGACAAGCAAGCCUGGGACAACGUGCAGAAAAAGCUGCAGUGCUGUGGCGUGGAUAAUUCAAAUGAUUGGGUCACGGCAAACCCUUCGAAAGGCUUCCCGUCCUCCUGCUGUACGGAGGACAUGCAGGUGAUAUGUCAGGUCAACGGCCCUAACGUGUACAAGGACGGAUGCUUCAGCAAGCUGGAAAUGCGUGUCCAGAAGGGUGCUACGGUCUUGAUCGGCGUGGGCAUCGGAAUAGCUUUCGUGGAGAUUGCUGGUAUUGUCCUCGCUUGCUGUCUCGCCGCAGCCAUAAAAAGGGAAAGCGACAAGUGAAACGAGAUGCCUUGACUUCAUCUCGCGUUGCAUUAGACCGAGUCGCAUAAUUUACCGCGCAAUUUGAACAAAUUGUCACAAGAAUUACAUUCAAUUAUCGACGAAGGAAUGAAGAGUUGAAUGUAAUUGACUGCCCCGUUUAUCGUUUAUUCGCGUAUUAAUUUACUCGCUCGCGAUAUUCUCCAUGUUCAUCGAAUUCAUUGCGGCAUACAGAAACGAAUUUAUUUCAAGCUUUUCUAAUCACUCAAUACGUUUGUAUUAUGCGUAUUUUGUAAAUUAAGCCGUGUGCUUUUGUCCUUAUAUGCGUAAGCAAUAAGCAUACACUCCGAAUAAUUAGAGAGAUAUUUCUAGAGUAGGCAAGCAUCAAAUUUCUUUUUUGGAACGUUAUUUCAAUUAUAUAUUGAAAUAAUUGUUCUCGAUUAACGCGAAUACGGGGUUGAGCGUUAGAUUAUAACAUAUGCAAACACUACCGGAUAUAGAAUAAUCGUGAGUAAUUGGUGUCGUCGAUACAUAUUUAUAAUAUAUUACAUACAUAUAUAUAUAUAUAUAUAUAUAUAUAUCGCGCUGAUACUUUUUUAUCUUUACAAUAUUUUGCUUAACAAAGACUUUAUCUACUUCGAUCAUAAAUAAUGUAUUCUUUCUUUAGGUUAGAACUGUAUGUAUAUUUUAUCUUCGGCAAAUUUUCAUAGAUUUAUAUUGUCAUCGUUUUGAUAUACGAUAAUAACUAAAGAUAUUUUCAACCCAGCAUAAUCAUUGUCCGUUCAGUUUAUAUUGUACACUGAUAGAAAAAUAUAGUUGAA